GUUUAAACAGCUGCAUUAUGUUUUUGUUUACAUUAUUAUUAUUUAUGUUUUAAUUAAAUUUUCAUACAACAUUUUACGGAAAUUUUACUAAAUUCACAUAAAUAUGGCUAAAAAAGAUAAAGAAGAACAUUCCAAAGAAAAACACAAGAAGCACAAGCAUAAACAUCACAAGGUCUCCAGAAACAAAUCACACAGCUUUGAAAAGUCUAAUGAAUCCCUAGCUAGUAUACAAGAUAGCGAAGAUAUCGAUGUGGAGGAUGAUAGGAAUGACACACCCAAUAGCAUGAAUCUUAGCAAAGAAUCAUUUACCAACGACGAGGAAAAUAUUGAUGUUGAAGUUGAAGAAGAGUUAAUGGAAGACAGUAUGGAAUUGGAAACAAAAGUUGAAGACACAUCUUCCUUACAGACUAUAUUAAAAGUAGAAAAGCCUACAAGUUCCAAGAAAUUUGUUAAGAAGUUGGAUGACACAGAAGUGUUAAACACAAAGAUGCCAGUUACGCCAUCCACCAACAUGGCCAAGAAAAACAAACGACGGCGUGAUAGUGGCACCUCUAGUGAAGAAGAACGUUGGCUGACUGCUGUAGAAUCAGGUAAACUAGAAGAAAUUGAAGAUGUUGAAUUGCGUAAAAUGAAAGAUCCAAAAUUAAUGACCGCCCGUCAAAGAGCUAUGUAUGAUCGCAAUAAUGACAUAGAAUCCGCCCCGGGCUUUUCGGAAACAUUGAUGGCUCUACCAACUGGUUACAAAGAGAAAGAGAAACCCCAAACCGCCGAAGAAUUGCAAAAGGCGGCCUUGAAAAUUCUCAAACGUAAACAGCAGGCUGAUGAAAAGCGGGAAAAGGACAAAAAGAAAACCAUGGAACGUUUACUUAAGAAGCAAGAAAGUAAAUAUAGAACGGGUAAUAAACCGAAAUCAGCUAAAGAAGCAAUACCCAUGAUAAGUUAUAAAAAUACUUUAGAAGGAGCUGUUGUACAGUUGCCGGUGGGCGUAGAAUUUCCUUUGGCAGCCCAGACACCCAAAGAACCACCCAAACAGCAAAUGUGCGGCAUAGCAGGUUGUAAUAAUCCCAAGGUGUAUAACUGCUCCAAAACAAAUUUACCUUUAUGCAGUUUUGCUUGUUAUCGUAAAAAUGUACAAUCUCUUAAAGAAAUUAUAUGUUAAAUUUUAAAAGAAUUUCUUAUAU